AUGGAAAUUCCGAGGGGUGGGCCUAGACGUCGUGGUGGGGGUGUAAGAGAAGGUAGAACUGGUGAUAGAAACAGGUUCCGUCCCAUAGAGGAGCUUUAUGACGAUGAUGUAGAGUCUUCUAUCGGUGUGCAACCUACUCCGCCCAUGGGUGAAAUGGCUGACCCUGGUCGUCUGUUGAGAUUGGCUAGAGACAUUAAUCAUCUGGGAGCAGCCAAGUUUCAUGGAAGCAUGGAUUACAUGGUGGCUGAUCAAUGGGUCGAGGAUAUGGAGAAUUAUUUUGAGAUGAUGGACUGUAAUGAGAUCGAAAAGAGGAAGUUAGCCACUUUCAUGCUAAAGGGUGAGGCUAGGGUGUGGUGGAAUUGUAUGCAAAAGACCAUUGAUGUGACCACCCUGACUUGGGAUGGUUUUGUGAGACUAUUCCGAGAGAAGUACUUUCCAGCUUCAGUGAGAGAAAAAUUGGAACGGGAGUUCCUCUCACUAACACAAGGGAAGAUGACGGUGACAGAGUAUGAGGCAGAGUUCUCUAGGCUAUAUAGGUUUGUGAAAUCAAUGGAUGCUGAGGAUUUGGCCAAGAAGUUUCAGCGGGGGUUGAAUGCUUCCAUUGAGCUUGAUGUGGCCAUUUUGGAACUGAAGGUCAUGAAGGAAAUUCUAGCAAAGGCUCUGAUCAUUGAGCAGCAGAACUUGAUUCAUAAGGAGAAGGAAACAGCUGAGAGGGAUUUUCAGGGAAAGGGAAAGGCAGUGGCAGGUAACAGUGGAUCCAGAGACUUUAGGGGUGGAUCCUGGAAGAGACAAAAGACUCAGUUCCACCAUCAGGCCCCAGCUAGAGUAGCAGCAGCUCCUCUUCCUCCUAUUCGGGCCGUACCUGUCAGACAAGUUGCAGCUGCAGCGCCUGUGAGAUGUUAUAACUGCGAUGAGUUGGGUCAUCUCUCUAGGGCUUGCACUAAACCCAGGGCUAAGGGAUGCUUUCGUUGCGGACAGACUGGACACUUUGCCAAGGACUGUACUCGACCCCAUGUUGGAGGACGGGGUAAUCAGCAAAGGCUUUUACCUCCAGUACCAGCUAGAGUCUUUGCAAUCGGUCAGAGAGGCACUGGGGUGGAAGGUGGUAGAGAGUUCUCUGCAUCAUUGAUUGGGAUUCCGGAUCACACAUAUGAUGUGAUUUUGGGUAUGGAUUGGUUGAGCCCGAACCAUGCAUUGAUUGAUUGCUUUAGGAUGAUUGUGUCCUUCCGUAUUCCUGGACAACCGGUGUUUCAUUACCGUUGUCUGAGGUCCGACGUUGCCAUGAGGGCAGGGAUUUUGGCUCAUAUUGAGUCAGGGAGUAGUAUUUUUGAGAUUACAGGGAUUCCUGUAGUUUCAGAAUAUGCUGAUGUGUUUAAGGAGAUACCAGGGUUGCCUCCAAAAAGGGUAAUGGACUUCUCCAUUGAUGUGAUACCAGGUACUGCUCCUGUAUCGAAAGCACCCUAUCGGAUGGCUCCAGCUGAACUUCAGGAGUUGAAAGUUCAGAUUGAUGGAUUACUGGCUCAGGGGUUCAUACAGGCUAGUUUAAGGGUGAAGGAUGAGGAUAUUCCGAAAACGGCGUUUAGGACCAGGUAUGGACAUUUUGAGUUCCUUGUCAUGCCUUUUGGCCUAACUAAUGCACCAGCAGCAUUCAUGGACUUAAUGAACCGUACGUUCAGUCCUUAUUUGGAUCAAUUUGUUGUAGUGUUCGUGGACGACAUCUUGAUUUAUUCAAGGUCGUCUAAUGAGCAUGAGGAGCAUUUGCGGAUUGUACUACAGACGCUGAGAGAGAAGAAAUUGUUUGCCAAGUUUGAGAAGUGCGACUUUUGGCAGAAGGAAGUCAAGUUCCUUGGUCAUGUAGUUUCGAAGGAUGAAGUUUCGGUAGAUCCUUCGAAGGUGGAAGCGGUGAUGAGUUGGAGUCGCCCUACCACCGUUACGGAAAUCCGUAGCUUCCUUGGAUUGGCAGGCUUUGACCAAAUUGACAAGGAAGGACGCUCAGUUCUUAUGGACGGAUGA